AUGAAUGAAAAUAUUCAAGAAGAACAAAAUAUCAAUACUAGCGACAACUUUACAACCUUAUCAUGGCAUGAGCUCCUACAAAAUCUCAGCACAAACCACUUAGAAAAAUUGGAAAAUAUUUUUAAAAGUAAUGAAUCAAGUCUUAGCAAGGAACAGUUUUUUCAAGCAGUUGAUGAAGUAUUUGAACACUCGGAUUGUGCCCAACAAAUAAUUGCAUUAUAUGAUCUUAUAAACAAAAAUAAUGAAUCUAGAAUCACGUGGGGUCAAUUACUGGAUUUCUUUGUACAAAACAUAUCACCAAAUGGUGCUGGUGUAAUAGAUUUACAAAUAAAUGCCAUUAUAGCAGUACCACAGACAAGAAGAGAAGCAAUAGUUAAAAUUGUGCUUAUCGAAACGUCAAAAUAUUUUUGUUAUGCCAUAUUAUCCAAGCAUGGUAGAGUUGGUCUGUACGAUGGCAAUCUGAACUUUUUAACAACAUAUCAGUUAAUAAUGACGAGAGAAGAUAUUAAUCGGCGGGAGGAAGAUAGAAGAAGAAGGAAUAGAUGGGUUACAGAUGCCAUUUUUUGUAGUGACGUCCUUAUGUUUAUCGUAACUAAUACUGCGAGAAGUGUAAUUAUUUAUGAAGCUUCAGGGUUAAAACAUGUGCCUUUGUGGCUUAUUUUAAGCACACCUAACAUUGUUGAGUGUUUUGCCUAUAAAAGCAGUGAUGCUAGUGAAAAAGGAGAAAGUACGUUAUAUAUGGGUGAUGACAGUGGUUUAGUAUUUUCUUUUAUUUUUUUGCAACCAAAAGUACUCAUAUUAAGGAAAAAACAUAACGACAAACUUAGUUUAUUUUAUUGGGAUGAAUUAUCAGAAGAAAAAGAUUUUAUGAUUGUAAAACGUAUCGGCCGACCCCAUCAAGAAAGCAUAAAACGACUUAUAUAUUUUGAUGAUAAUGAAACGCUCGUAUCUUGUAGUAAAGAUUCUAAUGUUUCUUUAAUAAUAAAAUAUGUGGGAAAGAAAAACGCACCUUACGUUUUUAAAAUGCCCAAAGGAUGUAACUGUUUUGCCUUGAGUACAGAACGAAAAAUACUGAUUACUGGAAGUCAAGACGGAAUUAUAAGGUUGUGGAAUCCAAUAAUCACUUCAAAAUCUAUCGGAACUUUAAGUGGACAUAAAACUGCAAUUGCAGAUUUGAAAAUGAUGGAUAAAGAAAACUUAUUCAUGAGUUGUUCUCAUGAUGGAACGUUUAAUUUGUGGGAUAUAAAACAACAAAAAUGUAUUCAAAGCUUUGUGAUCAAUUUUCCUUCUUUUGCUGUAUUUGGGAAGUUAAUAGAAUGGGGAAUCGAAUGUAUUUACCCUGGCCCGAAGCGCACAUUGUGCAACGAGAAUAACACAACUUUAGGUGUAUGGCAAAGAUCUCCAAUAUUAGUUGCAUGUUGUAACCACAUUGCCCUUAUAAAACUAAAACAUCCAGACAAAGAGAUUUUAGAUAAUAAUGAAACACAGGUUUUGCCUCCACCGCCUUUACAAAACAGUGUACUGAUUCCCAAGAUGUGGAAUACUUCAGACAGUACAGAAGCAGUCAGGUGUAACGAAUUUAACCAACCUGACAUGUCUAUUAUAGACAAGAGAUUAAAAGAGUUGGAGUUUAUACUUAAGAAAGAUCUUUUUGAGGAAAAUGGAUCCAAUAGGAGUGACAUCAAUUUCAAAAUUGCUACUUUAGAACGUAAAAAAUUAGAAAUGCAGCAUCAUGUAGCACGUGGUGCACCCUACUUAGCGUUGGAUUUACACGAAGUUCAUGAACUGCGCCUAACACCCGAUCUUCCAGUACCUAAUAAGAAGAAAAUUAAACAUAUGGUUGAAAAAAUUGAAACUAUUUUGCAGGAUGCUAGUUGCCGAGAUUUGAUUUUUUCGGAACCAUCGACGAGUCGUUCGCCCAGAUCUUCUAGAAGUAGUGUUAUAGAAUUUGAUUAUUGAUACAAUUGUAUACAAUUUUUUAAAUAGCUUUA